UCUACCUCGUUUCUUCUUUCUAUGUCUCCAAUGGGGUUCACUGGUAACAUAAGAAAAUCCAGUUCAAUUUUUCUCUUAAUCUGUUUUUCAUUUUCUUCAUUUCAAACAACAAAAGCAUGUCAUGAAACUGAUCAAGCAGCUCUGCUUGACUUCAAGAGCAAGAUCAUUGAUGAUGGUCCAUAUAAACGAUUAGGAACUUGGAGUAAAGACGGCGAUUGUUGUACCCAUUGGGAUGGUGUUGCUUGUGAUCAUUCAAAUGGUCGAGUCAUACAUGUAAUUCGUCCUGGCUUGUUUUCCAGACCUGAUGGCGUAUUAGAUAUUGGGUAUAUGAUCGGAACAAUUUCUCCAUCUUUGGGUAAUCUCAAGUUUCUUCAAAUUCUUAACCUUAAUCACCUGAAGAAACUAAAUGGAUCAAUUCCUUCGGAACUUGGUAACAAAUUGAAGGCUGACCGGUAGGUUACCGUCAUUGAUCGGAAAGAUACCACUCCAAAUCUUAUUCCUGGAGAACAACAUGUUGACAGGAGAAUUACCUGUCAGUAUCGGUAAUCUCACAAAUCUGGUGCUCUUGAAAUUACAAAACAACCGUCUUACGGGUAAAGUUCCUUCUAGUUUUGGCAAUCUUAAAAAUCUGACAGAACUUGAUCUCUCACGUAACGCGUUUUCCGGAGAAUUGUCGACAUGGAUAGGAGACUUGACAAGGCUGAAUUCCCUCGAGAUAUCCUACAAUUGUUUCCAGUCAGUUAUACCUUCAGGUCUCAUAAAUUUGAAGAGCCUUAUUGGACAUUUGAAUGUGUCGCAUAACAAGUUGACAGGGAAAAUUCCUCUUCAUCGUUUUCCAUAUCCUGCCUCUUCUUUUGUGGGCAACCCUGGUCUAUGCGAUUACCCACUUCCUCCUUGUCAUGCUACUGCAUAAUAAUAUAAUUGCAGGAAUAGCUUCCCCGUUAUGUGAAGCUUCCAUAUGUAUUACAAUUUACAAGCAAUUAAUAAAUAAAAAAA